CGCGGUGCUCCCGGGGCUCUCCGGUUCCGGGCGCCGCUCCCUCGCUCCGUCCCUCCUUCCUCCCUCCCUCCCUCCCUCGCUCCGUCCCUCGGCCCCGCCGCCCCGGCGCCCCCUCACCGCGCUGGGCCCCGCCGCGCUCCUCCGCCGGCGGCGGCUCCGGCUUCCCCCGCCCCUUCCGCCCCCCCCGGUCCGUUCCGUUCCCCCCGCCGGCCCAGCCGAGCCCGGAGGCCCCGGCGGCGCCGCAUGGAGCAGCCGGCGGCGGGCUGAGCCCGUGCCCGGAGGGAGGUCUCAUGGUACCAAGUGACGUGUCCCCCCUGUGAGAGUCGCACCCCAGACCUGCGGAGAAGAUGUCAGGGAUGCAGGCCGUGUGGCCGUCCGGUACAGAAUGUAUCGCCAAGUACAACUUCCACGGUACCGCCGAGCAGGACCUGCCCUUCAGCAAAGGAGAUGUCCUCACCAUCGUCGCUGUCACCAAGGACCCCAACUGGUACAAGGCGAAGAACAAGGUGGGCAGGGAGGGCAUCAUUCCUGCUAACUACGUCCAGAAGAGGGAAGGGGUCAAAGCUGGCAUCAAGCUCAGCCUCAUGCCGUGGUUCCACGGGAAGAUCACGCGGGAGCAGGCGGAGAGGCUGCUGUACCCCCCCGAGACGGGGCUGUUCCUGGUGCGGGAGAGCACCAACUACCCCGGGGACUACACGCUGUGCGUCAGCUGCGAGGGCAAGGUGGAGCACUACCGCAUCAUCUACUCCUCCAGCAAGCUCAGCAUCGACGAGGAGGUCUACUUCGAGAACCUGAUGCAGCUGGUGGAGCAUUACACCACGGACGCGGACGGGCUCUGCACCCGCCUCAUCAAGCCCAAGCUGAUGGAGGGCACGGUGGCAGCCCAGGACGAGUUCUCCCGCAGCGGCUGGGCCCUCAACAUGAAGGACCUCAAGUUGCUACAGAUCAUUGGCAAAGGGGAAUUCGGAGACGUGAUGCUGGGGGAUUACCGGGGGAACAAAGUCGCCGUGAAGUGCAUUAAGAACGACGCCACAGCGCAGGCCUUCCUGGCAGAGGCGUCCGUCAUGACGCAGCUCCGACACAGCAACCUGGUGCAGCUGCUGGGGGUGAUUGUGGAGGAGAAGAGCGGCCUCUACAUCGUCACCGAGUACAUGGCCAAGGGCAGCCUCGUGGACUACCUGCGGUCGCGCGGGCGGUCGGUGCUCGGGGCAGACUGUCUGCUCAAGUUCUCCUUAGAUGUCUGUGAAGCCAUGGAGUACCUGGAAGCCAACAACUUCGUGCACCGGGACCUGGCGGCGAGGAACGUGCUGGUCUCGGAGGACAACAUCGCCAAGGUCAGCGAUUUCGGGCUCACCAAGGAAGCCUCCUCCACACAGGACACCGGCAAGCUGCCCGUCAAGUGGACAGCACCAGAAGCACUUAGAGAAAAGAAAUUCUCCACCAAGUCGGACGUGUGGAGCUUCGGGAUCCUCCUCUGGGAAAUCUACUCCUUCGGGCGAGUGCCUUAUCCGAGAAUUCCCCUGAAGGACGUGGUGCCCCGCGUGGAGAAGGGCUACAAGAUGGACGCUCCGGACGGUUGUCCGGCCGUCGUCUACGAGGUGAUGAAGAAGUGCUGGACCCUGGACCCCGGGCACCGGCCGUCCUUCCACCAGCUCCGUGAACAGCUAGUGCAUAUCAAAGAGAAGGAGCUCUACCUGUGAGGGGGGGCUCUGCCACCCCACAGCCGCAGGGGACCCACGCUGGGGGGGACCAGGGUGUGGGCAGCCCCCCUGCCCCGCCACGGCACCAGGAGGGAGCCCCGGGGGUGUUUCCCCCACCCCCCAAUUCCCCCGGUUGCUUCCAAACUUCCAAAUCUGUCAGUUUGUAUUUUUAUUUUCUAGGUUUGGGGUUUUUUUUGUUUUAAUUUUUUUUUUUUAUUAUUUUUUGUGGGUGUUUUUUUUUGUUGUUGUUUUCUCAGUUUUGGGGGGUGUUUAUUAUUUUGGGGGUUUUUUUGUCGUCGUUUUUUUUUUAUUAUUUCAAGCAGGGCCCAGCUGAGCGUUGGGCGUUUUACUAAAGUACGAAUCUUAUUUUUUAAUGUAAUUAAAAGAAGAAAAAAAAAAAAAAAAAAAAAGGAAAAAAAACCAAGACAGAGAGAAGAAGGUUGUUAAAAGGAGAAUAAUAAUAAAUAAACCAAUGAAAUGGACACAUGGAAAGGAAACCCCCAGCGACAGAAGUGAUGGUUGACGGGGAGACGCUGGACUCGGCCGCGUCCCCGCCAGACGCUUUUUUUUUUUUUUUUUUUUUUUUUUUUUUUUUUGGGUUGUUUUGCUUUAAACUCGUUGCAAUGUUUGCAUGCUGUCUCCAGAGGCCUUUUUUUCCAGUCCUGUCCAGUGCUUUAUUCUCAUGUAAUGCUACCGACUGUGAGAUUAAAAAACUGUAAUAAAAAACAACAAAAACAUUCCA